AUGCUUAACUUCCCUUAUAAACUAUUAAACACCGAGGAGUUUUUAAAGACAAGAGAAGCUACUACCAAAGAAAAUCUACACUUUAUGAGUUCAUAUUUGUUCUUAGAUGAAUAUCAGCUUCAUGAAGGAUUCAAGUUCGCUUACUUAGGGCUUUUAAAGAAAAUUGCAGAGAAUGAUGUUUAAGGAUUAAGAGAGGUAUGUGAAAAGAACCUUUCACAGGCUUUCAGUGAUUCUAUGUGGGAGAUAUAUAAAGAUGUAGAGAAGAUAGAAUUGCUCAAUGAAGAUCAAUUUCCAGACAAUGUUAAAAUCAAAUUGAUUGAUUAUCACUAGUUCUUUGGGGUCGAAAUAGAUAGAGAAUCAAAUAGAUUAAAAAAUUGCUAGUUAUUUGAAACAACAAGGAAAAAGAUACCUAAUACAGACUUUUAUAUGCCACUUAACCCAACAUGGAAUGAGACUCUUGGAAUGAAUCUAGAAUUCUAAUUAAAGAUUGAGACAAAUUUAAAACUAAAUUUUAUUGACAAGCAAGGAAAUAGUCUCGUUUAAAAUGAAAGAGAAAAAGAAGUACAUUUUAUGUAAAUUGAAAGUGUUACCGAACAAUAUCCUAUCAGUCUCAAGGCAAUACCUAUGCUAUUCAGGAAUUAUUUUGGCAAAAAACUUGAAUUUUAAGAGUGGAUAAUAACUGAUUUCGAUAAUGCUUUAAAUCGUAAUCCUCAUGUCAUUCUUUGA